GGUUGAAAUUGCCAAGUUAUCGAGAUCACAAAACGAAUUCCGUUUGGAAAAAUGACGCCAAUCGCCUUGGCACGCGGCGUCAGAUCCCUGCGAGGGCGACGUCUGGUGGGAUGGCCCUUUCUGUCAAUCGCCGCUGGGAACCGGCCAUUUCCUCCCACGUCCUGCAGCAGCCUCUCCACGUCAACACAUGCGUUGCCCGCCGGUGAAUCGCACAGUUGCGACGUUUGCAUCGUAGGAGGGGGCACUGUGGGCACAGCACUUGCAUGUGCGCUGGCGUCAUCUCCAGCUGCAUCCUCCUUGAACGUUGCCUUGGUGGAGGCGGGUGAUCUGUAUCGUCCUCUAAAUGCUCAAGAAGGCAUCUAUUCCAAUCGCGUUAGUUCCCUGACUCAAGGAACAGUUGGUCUCCUCCAAGAUUUGCAGGUGUGGGAGCGAAUUGAAGCGUCACGACGAUGGCCAUACAAGAAAAUGCAGGUGUGGGAUGCCAUUGGAAAGGGCAAGAUAGCCUUUGAUGCAGCUACGAUUGGCGCAAAUUCUAUUGCGUACAUUGUAGAAAACAACCAUCUCCAAGCAGCUCUGGUUGAAAGACUCCAAGAGGCGGGAAACUCAGUCAGUGUGUUCAAUCGCGCCAAGGUGCAAUCUAUUGUGACUGACGAAGGGAAGAGCGCAACCGGCUGGCCAAUUGUUCAGUUAGAGGAUGGUCGGACCAUUCAAAGUAGACUCUUGGUGGGCGCAGAUGGCGCGAAUUCCAAAGUUCGGACGUUUGCUGGCAUCGAUUCUAUUGGAUGGGACUACUCGCAAAUGGGCGUGGUAGCAACGCUCAAGCUGGCUCCCGGUGUUGAAAAUGAUACUGCGUGGCAACGGUUUCUACCUACCGGUCCGAUUGCUCUCCUCCCUUUGAACAACGGCUACAGUUCAUUAGUCUGGUCAAUCACUCCUACCCUCGCAUCACGUGUCUGCUCUUUACCUGAAGCAGAAUUUGUUGAGCUCCUCAACGCCGCGUGCACCUCACCGUCGGCUGAUAUCCAAUAUCUCUGCGCUCACAUUUCGCCUGACGGAAAGCCGUUGGUUGAUUUCAAGGAGGAAUCGACUUGGGGACGUCAACGUGAGGCUGCCUAUGAUCCAUCCUCACAACCAAUUCCCCCACAGGUUGUUGGUGUGCAGGCAGGCAGCCGGGCUGCUUUUCCUUUACGAUUGAGGAAUUCCGAGUUUUAUGUGAAGAGCCGGGUCGCCUUGAUAGGAGAUGCUGCACAUACGGUUCAUCCGUUGGCAGGACAGGGAUUAAAUCUGGGUUUAGCAGAUGUUGAAAGUUUGGCGCAGGCCAUUACUGAUGGUCUGCAAGUAGGGCAGGACAUUGGUCACAUACAUCUUUUGGAGAAGUACGCCCAAUCGCGGUAUGUACCAAAUUUGGCCAUGAUGAAGGCAAUAGAUAGUAUCGGACGUCUAUUCGGGACUGACCUGGGCCCCGUGGCCGCCCUGCGGUCAUUUGGCCUCAACCUGACAAACUCUCUGUCUCCGGUGAAGGCUCAAAUCAUGCGAUAUGCAGGUCGCUCGUUGAUAUAAUACCAGUCACAUUUUGUACAAUAGUUUACAAUUACAUAUGAAUAUAUAGUUACCUUCAUCUCUGGCACUG